GCGCGAAAGACCAACGGCAUGACGACGGCGGCGGUGGCGUCCUCAUCGGUCGAAGAAGGCAGUUGCCUGCCGUCACGAUAUCAAUGUCCGCUGUGUUUGGACCUGUUGUCCUCACCAGUGCAGCUUCCAUGUUGCAGAAAGCAUCUGUGUCUGGCAUGUUUUGAGCGCGCCGUGGCACUCACUUCCGCCAACUGCGCCUUCUGUCGCAAGCGAAUCGUUAGCUUUGCAAGGCGACAGUCCAAAAAGAUUGACGAUAUCUUUUGGACCGAGAUCCAAUCCAUGACGGAGGGCAUGGACAUCUCCACCCUCACGUUCGAAAGCGACGACAUCGACAGUCGAUCGCGCCCAGUUAACUCGGCAGCCCCUGGCGAACUCCAUACAUACUAUGAGCAAUGCAAAGCCGAACGCGAGCACGAAAGGCACCUUCGCGAGCAAGACCAAUUGGCUGCAACUUUGCGCUUUCUCGAGGCCGAAUCGCCGUCAUCCGCACGUCCACCUCGUCCAGAGCAGCAGCAGCAGCCGCCCCCAGCCACCACCAUGCCGCCUGUGUACUCCAUCUUUGCAUCCGCCGCUUCAGCUUCUAUCCAUCGAGCGUCGAAAGGCCCGGUGAAGAAGAAGAAGAAAAAACAGCCAGCGACUUUCAAACGAAUCACUUCUCCCAACAUAACACUUGCAUUGAAAAGCAAACAACCAGUCAAGAAUCGAUGGAGCUGUGCGUCGUGUACGUAUGUGAACGCCGCCACCCAAGCCCCCGUCUGUGCAAUGUGCCAUACCAAACGCUUGAUGGAAUAA